AUGAAUUCUCACCAGCGCAUGCUCGUCACCAAGGCGCUUGGUUUCAUGUGCAAAGAUAUGGCCGCGUUGGAGUUUCCGGCCUAUGGAUGUAUCUACUUCGACAAUGUCAACCUUCCUCAGUCGAGCCUGAUCCCGAUCUCGGGAGGUAAGAGCAUUGGACCACACUGUGGUAACCGUUACUGGUCCGUCGCCCCUGGAGAUCCCAGAACAUAUGCCAGGAGGCCGCCGAAUCAAGGUCCUUGUAAGUCCAAUCUCAUCCGAAGAAAUUUCCUGCGUCUAAUUUUUCAACAGGGACCACACAUGCAGAGUACCUGCGCGCACUGACAGACGCCGGCGACUCUCGUAUACCGACCUCAACUGAUACGAGAAAUCUAGAGUUCAAGGGUACAGUUGAUCAGCAUCUACAUCUCCACCGAGCCUCUGAGGAAAUUUUGCUGUCCCUCGCGCAAACGGAACCACUACAAUCUACCUGCACACCAACUUUGCUGCAUCAUGACAUGCACAAGAGGAACAUAUUUGUUUCCGAGCAGGAUCCUUCUCAGAUAACAGCCCUGAUCGACUGGCAAUCGAGCGCAGUAGAGCCCAGCCAUGCCUACUCCGACGAGAUGCCUGACCUCUGCCAAAAGCCUGAAGAUUGGGACGAUGCCGAGCUCAAAGACCCUCUCAACGAUGAGCAAAGGAAGAAGGUCAAUGAGCUCUCCAUCUUACAAAGAACUUGGGAAGUAAUCGUUCGAGCUUACAUGCCAGAGAUAUACAGGGCUCGAGCAAUGGACCAAGACUUCCUUCGGGUCGCUCAGUACGCAUCCUCUGCCUGGAGACAUGGAGCUGUUCCCGUUCGCGAGGAUCUCAUACAACUAUCCAGGCGCUGGUCCGGUGAGCUCGGACUAUCAGGACCUUGUCCAUACCAGCCGACCACGGAAGAAAUCGAGAUGCAAAAACGACUCUGGCCGCAAUUCAGAGACAACCUCGAUCUACGCAAAAUGCUUUACAAGGGCCUGCGCACGGAUGAAGCGGGCUGGGUUCCAAUCGAUCGUUGGGAAGAUACCAGAAUUGCACACAAGACUUUAUUUGACGAGUGGUACCAUCAUGUUGUGGAAAGUGGAGAGUUCACGGAAGAGCAGGCUCGGAUGGCUUGGCCGUACGAUAUACCGUGA